CACGCAACAGGUACACCGUACAAUAUAACAACCACAUCAGUCAAAACAACAGAAACAACACUAAAUUUAGCAACCUCACCAAUCAGUACAACAGGUACAUCAAACAAUAUAACAUCACCAGUCAGUACAACAUAUGUGUCACCUAAUAUAAUAACCACGCCAGUCCACGCAACAGGUACAACGUACAAUAUAACAACCUCACCAGUCAAAACAACAGAAACAACACUAAAUUUAACAACCUCACCAGUCAGUACAUCAUAUGUGUCACCUGAUAUAAUAACCACACCAGUCAGCACAACACCGUACAAUAUAACAACCACACCAGUCAAAACAACAGAAACAAAACUAAAUUUAACAACUUCACCACUCAGUACAUCAUAUGUGUCACCUGAUAUAAUAACCCCAUCAGUCAGCACAACAGGUACACCGUUCAAUAUAACAACCUCACCAGUCAAAACAACAGAAACAACACUCAGUUUAACAACCUCACUGAUCCAUACAACAGAUAAAACACACAGUGUAGCAAAUCCACUUCUCAGUACAGCUGAUACAUCACACAAUAUAACAACCCCACCAGUCAAUACAACAGAGGCCACAUUCAACACAUCUCCAGCGGUCAGUACACUCAAUAUAACAACCUCACUGGUCAACACAAUGGGUACACCACACAAUAUGACAACAUCACUGGUCCAUACAAUAGAUACAACACACAAUUUAACAACCCCAGUCCAAAUAACAGAAACUACAUUUGAUAUAACAAAUUCACCGGCCAGUACAAGAGAUACAACACUCAAUGUAACAGCCUCACUGGUCCAUACAACAGGUAUCCAACCCAAUAUUUCUAUAUUACUGGUCAGUGCAACACCUAAUGUAACAACCUCACCAGUUAGCACAACAGGUACACACAAUUUUACAAACUCAUUCACCAGUACAACAGAUAUAGCACUCAAUAUAACAACCCCACCAGUCAAUAAAACAGUUACAGUACGUGAAUUAACAUAUCCAAUCAAUACAACAGUCACACCACUCGACCUUACUGUCACAAGACUUAGUUCAACAACAUCUUUAGUCAGUACAGCAGCCAAAUCACUUGACACAACACUUGAUAAAAGUACAACAACUCUCAACACAUCAAUCACUGUAAAUACAACAGGUAUGCCACUCAUUACAACAGCUAUACCACCUUCAACACCAUUUCAUACAUCGGCACAGAUAAGUGAAUCACUUACUACAACAGUUAAACCAAUAAAUGCAACAGUCACACCUCACUUUGCUACUGCAAUGCCACUAAGCACAACUGCACUUCAUCAUUCAACAGUCACGCCAUUCAAUACAACAGUGACAAUACAAGAUGCAACAACCUCAAAUGAUACAAUCUUAGCCCACACUACAGAAUCACCUAGUAAUGUAAAUGAAUCAAACACAAUUCAUCAUCUUGGCAGUACAAUUGAAUUCAACACAACAGCCAUUCCUUAUUACUCAACACAACUCAACAAUGUCAAUCGUAGCAUCAACACAACAGAGACCUCCAGUAACGCAUCAGAAUUUAACACAACAGUAAGCCCUGCAGUUAAUACAACACAGUUUAAUAUCACAAACACAACACAGAUACAUACGACAACCUUUCCAACAACAGAAAAUAUUACCAGUGGGCCAACCCACUACAGUACAGAUUCCACAACUGCUCUAUCAGUGACACAUCCAAGCUCUCAGAAAAGCUCCACUUCCACAACAGAAGCUCCAACCCCAACGACUAGUAAAAGCAACACAACAACAGGCACUGCAAGUCCUGCCAAUACAACUGUGCCAACAACAUCUGUAACCACUUCAGAGGCAACAACUAAAAGCCCAGAUGCAGUGGCUAACGAUCUUCUGAAACAAACACAGAAUAUGACAUUUUUAAACUCAUCUCAGGUCAAUCAGCUGGUCAGCCAGCUAGAGAAUAUUAUCUCCACUUCCAACAUUAGUCUGAAACUACUGUCCAUCAUCAACAACUUAUUAGACAGCUCUAAAGAUACUCUGGCUCCCUUCUCUAACAGAUUAAUCCAAGCUGUGGAUAACUUGGGUCUGAAACUUGUGAUUCGCAACCAGACUGAAAACAUUAUAUUUGAUUCAUUCGCUUUGACAGUGACCAAAGUUAAUGGGAGCAACUUUGAGACAACAUCAUUCGCAAUUGCAGAUCCGCUAAACCCACAGGUCACAAAAGGACAAGUCAGGGAAGUGGAAAGUUCCUCCUCUCUGGCCAAAAUAACACUACCUGCGUCCCUGACAGAGAACCUCUCUCCAGAAGAAAAGAAGAUGGCUUCUAGAGUCCAGUUCACUUUCUUUCAGAAAAGCACAUUUUUCCAGGAUGAAAACCCUAGUCGACAGAUACUGAACAGCCACAUUCUGGGCUGUAGUGUGGCUAACCUGUCAAUCAAAAACCUGAGAGAGAAUGUUGAGUUUACUCUGAAGAAUAAGAAGCCUGUGGGGAACGAUGUACCUUCCUGUGUUUUCUGGGACUAUGGUAAAAACGGAGGUUUAGGAGGCUGGAAUCCCGACGGCUGCCAUCUGAACAAAAGCACAGAGAAUGAAACCAUCUGCAGCUGCAAUCACCUAACUAGCUUUGCUGUACUACUGAAAAUUAGCCAGGAAGAUGUAUGUCAGUCAGAUGGCAAAAUCCUUACAUUCAUCACUUACAUCGGAUGUGGGUUGUCGGCCAUCUUUCUCUCGGUUACUCUGCUCACCUACCUCGCAUUUGACAAAAUCCGCCGUGACAUCCCUUCAAAGAUCUUGAUCCAUUUGUGUUUUGGCCUUUUAAUGCUGAACCUGGUGUUCUUGUUGGACUCAUGGCUGGCAUUGUACAAAAAAGCUGAAGGCCUGUGCAUUUCCACAGGCUUCUUCCUGCACUACUUCCUGUUGGUCUCCUUCACCUGGAUGGGGCUGGAGGCUCUGCAUAUGUACCUGGCCAUCGUCAAAGUCUUCAACAACUUCAUGUCCAGAUACAUGCUGAAAUUUUCCCUAGUAGGCUGGGGAGUCCCUUUGGUUGUUGUCAUUAUUGUGAUUGGGGUAAACAAAGAGAAUUAUGGCCUCAUAAGCUUUUCUGAUGGAACUAAUGCUUUUUGUUGGAUAAAAAAUACAUUAGCGUUCUACGUGGCUGUUGUGGCAUACUUCUGCAUCAUAUUUGUGUUGAACUUGGUCAUGUUUGGGGUGGUGAUGGUCCAUCUGAGACGAAUCAAGCGCCAAAACCCUCACAAUAAUCAGUAUCGCAGCGGCUUGCAUGACCUACGAAGCAUCGUGGGACUCACUUUCCUGCUCGGGCUUACAUGGGGCUUCGCCUUCUUCGCCUGGGGACCUGUCUGUUUGGCCUUCACGUACAUGUUUACCAUUUUAAAUUCCCUACAGGGAUUUUUUAUUUUUAUUUUCCACUGCGCUCUGAAGGAAAAUGUCCGUAAACAGUGGAGAAUGUACCUCUGCUGUGGCAGUUUACGAUUGGCUGAAAAUUCAGAGUGGAGUCGGACAGCCACACAGAACUCUAAAAACGCUUCAAUUGGGAAGGCAGAUUCAGGGUUCCACAGUGCACCCCGAAGCUCAGUGAGCAGCGAUUACUCAAUGCUGUACCAAGGCAUCGGCUCACCAAUGUAUGACAAUCUGGUCAUAUCAAGGGAAAUGAAUGACGAUGUGGUCCUAAAUGAGAUAUACAGUAAAAUCCAUCCAUGGAAGAGGACUGUGAAGGCAGAUUCAGGGAUCCACAGUGCACCUCGAAGCUCACUGAGCAGCGACGACUCAAUGCCGUCCCAAGGCAUCGGCUCACCAAUGUAUGACAGUCUGGUCGCAUCAAGGGAAAUGAAUGACGACGUGGCCCUAAACGAGAUAUACAGUAAAAUCCGUCCACGGAAGAGGAAUGUGAAGGCAGAUUCAGGGAUCCACAGUGCACCCCGAAGCUCACUGAACAGCGAUGACUCAAUGGCGUCCCAAGGCAUCGGCUCACCAAUGAAUGACAGUUUGAUCAUAUCACGGGAAACGAAUGAUGACAUGGUCCUAAACGAGAUAUACAGUAAAAUCCGUCCAUGGAAGAAGAUUGUGAAUGCAGAUUCAGGGAUCCACAGUGCACCUCGAAGCUCACUGAGCAGCGAUGAUUCAAUGGCGUCCCAAGGCAUCGGCUCACCAAUGGAUGAGAGUCUGAUCAUAUCACGGGAAAUGAAUGACGACGUGGUCCUAAACGAGGUAUACAGUAAAAUCCGUCCAAAGAAGAGGACUGUGAAGGCAGAUUCAGGGAUCCACAGUGCACCCCGAAGCUCACUGAACAGCGACGACUCAGUGGCAUCCCAAGGCAUCGGCUCACCAAUGAAUGACAGUCUGGUCAUAUCAAGGGAAAUGAAUGACGAUGUGGUCCUAAACGAGAUAUACAGUCAAAUCCGUCCAAAGAAGAGGAGUCUAAACGCAGAAGGACUCUAGGUGAAGAAACAGAUCACUAAAUAUUCUGUUUCUGUCAUGACUGAAAAAAAAACGUAUUACCAAGAUAAGAAUCUAGUGACUUAGUUCAAAAACAUAUAUUAUGUUUUGUCAUCAGUUUUGUCUGAAUGAACGUUAAGGCUUUCAGCAUUCAGCUUCAUAGCCAGACAUUUUGUUUUUGGUUAUUAAAUCAGGCUGCUCACAGCUAAGUAAUGAAUAGCAAGAGCAUGUACCUAUGGUAGCCAAUGCGUUAAAGUAUCACCAUGUACUGAGAAGUGAGGAAAUUGUAUAUUAUGCUUUUGCAGCAUCAAGGGUUUUAAAGUCCUAUAUGUUUUCAGCGAACAGUAUUAAAUAACUCUUCUGCAAAUAAAUAAAUAGGCCUAAUAAAAUAAAGCUAAAUGAUGCAAGUGCAUCAAAUAGUACAAACAAUGUUUUAUAAUAGAUGAAGGAUUGCACUUAAAAAGAAGGAAAAAAACAUCUUAAUCUUUUCAUCUUAAAUUCUGUCUUAAAAAGCAUAUAAAUAUGUCAUGUGUUGUAGAAAGACGCAGAUAUGUCCAUUGACCAUAUAGUAGUUUAUUAGUUUUUCCACAUUUUAUAGUCAUUCUCAGUUUUGUGAUUCUCAUAUAAGUGGAAAUAUGAAGUUAAUUCUGCUAAUGUAUCACAAAUUUGUUACAUGUAAUCAAAUGUGCUUUCAUUUGUCUGUAUUGUCAUGAGUAAUUUAAGGGUUCUGUUUAGGCAAAAUAUGGUAUAAUAGUAAUUGUA